CUGCUCAAACCGCAACCAAGCAAAGGAGUGUUGUCAUCUCUAGAUCAACGUAUCCCUCUAGCGGCAAGUACGCUGGACACUGGCUUGGCGACAACUCCAGCCGCUGGCCAGACCUACAUCGGUCUAUCAUUGGUAUGUUGGAAUUCAACCUCUUUGGCAUUCCAUAUGUUGGUGCUGAUAUUUGUGGAUUUUUUGGCUCAGCAACUCCAGAAUUAUGUAUGCGAUGGAUGCAACUAGGUGCAUUUUAUCCAUUUGCACGGAACCAUAACGGCAAAGGUGAAAAGGAUCAAGAUCCUGGAAUACAUGACGAGGUGGCUAAAGCUUCCAAAAUAGCUCUGGAUCUGAGAUAUGACCUGCUGCCCUACCUGUACACCUUGUUCUACCACGCUCACGUCAGUGGAAACACUGUAGUGCGACCAUUGUUUCACGAGUACGUUUGGACAAAAGCAAGUGAAUGUUUAUCUUCCCAAGGAGACUUGGUAUCUGUAUGA